AUGAAGUGGCUGUUGGCCAUACCGCUGGCUGCAGCAGAGACCACUUCCCGAUGCGACUUUGAGGUUGUUCAGGCAGACUUGCUGCAGGAAGGCUUCGAAAGCGACUACUCUCAUCCCAUCCUCAUCCAGGGGACACCGUGGGACAAAGAACGGGCGUCGCUAGCCUCCUUCCGGCAGGUGUUUGGCAACUACACUGUGCGAUUGACCCACAACCUGGAAUUCCAAUCUAGAGCCGGUUCCAAGCCGGAAGCCAACACGAGCACCUUCGGUGCAUGGGCAGACUCCUUGUUCCAGCAAGAGAGUGUUCCCUACGUCUUCGAGUUCUGUGCCAAAGAUCUCUGCCAACAGAUUGAAUCGACCUAUGGCAUUCCGCCCUACUUGAAGAACUCCUGCCUGAGCCUGUACCUGAACACGGGCACCGUAGCAAAAGGUGUGGCCUUCCACCAGCACCGGCAGACCUGGGGAUGGCUGCUGGCGGGAAGGAAGGUCUGGUACGUCGCGGCGCCCGGGACCCUGCAGUUUCAGCCGCACAGACACGUGGAGGAGGCGAAGCUGCAGAGUGCCCGGAGCAGUGGCAUGCAGCGCUGCCUCCAAGAAGAGGGAGAGGUCGUGUUUCUUCCCAGCGAUUAUUGGCACGCGACCUUCAACAAGGCUGAGUGGAACCUGGCAAUAGGUGGCCAAGGUGAGAUCAGCAGCAGUGUCUACGACGCAGUGCGAGGGGCAGAUGUAGCAGCUGUCCGCAAGAUGCCAAAGGAGGAAGUGAAGGAGGUGCUUCGGUCGGCAGUGGAGAACGGCCAUCGGGAGGUGCUGGAGCUGCUGAUUGAGGCAAAGGCGCGGGUCUUUCCCCGUGGCCGUGACCGGGGCUGGACAGCAGUGCACGAGGCUGCCAGCAACGUCGGAGAACAAAGCCUUCUUGAGAUGCUGAUCAAGCACAAGCUGGACUUGGGAGCCACAGAUGGGGGAGGCAAGGUGGUUGCUCAUCACCACCCGUCGGAGUCAGUCCUGGCUUUCCUCCUGGAGCAGCGGGCGGAUCUCUCUGCAGCAGAUGCCGGCGGCGUGACGGUAGCCCAUGAGGCGGCAUUGCGCGGGAACGUCGCCUCCAUUCGGCUGCUGGCCCAGGCUGGGAUCUCGCUGUCAGAUCAGUGCAGCAAUGGCGCCACUCCCGCUCAUUUCGCCGCGUACGAUGGUCACAUCGGAGUCUUGCGGGAGCUGAUGGCCAGCCGUGCCGACCUGUAUGCUCUGGACCACGCCGGCGGUUCGCUGCUACACCAUGCCGCAUCACAGGGCCACUUGUCUGCGCUUUCCCUGCUCCUGGAUGAAGGCAUCCACUCAGGACCAGAUGGAUUUGGUCGAACCUUGAUGCAUGAGGCUGCGGCCACGGGCUUCCCUCAAGCACUGGCGCUGCUGCGCGAGCACGGCCAGGAUCCUGAAGCCAAGGAUGCUCAGGGCCGCUCCGUGGCGCAGUACGCUGCCGAAGGAGGCCAUGUGGAGGUCCUGAAGCAGCUGGUGUCUUGGGGUGUCGCCCUGCCGCACCUCAACAGGGACGCCGUGGAGGAUCCCGCGGUUCUCGAGCUCCUGAACUCCGGUGAGCUCUGA